CAUUAUAUUGUGAGAUAUUGCUAAAUCAAGUGUUUUCAUCUUUGUACAUCUGCGAGUUAUAAGCUUUUCGUUGCGAGUUUGGAACAAGAACGACUUAAAACRAAGAGAUGAAGUUUGUUUUGGGAAUACCUUGCAUUUUGUUGGCUACUCUUCCACAAGUCGUUUCCUUGAAGUGCUUUGUUGGUAUCAAUAGCAAUUACAAAGAGGAAACCUGCCCUUCUGGACUCGACACGUGUUCGCUUCUUGAAAAAAAGCCAUUGACAGCACGUGCCUGUAUGAUGAAAGACACAUGUGACCAGGUUAUCAACCAGUGCAAAGCUACAGGUCUAUGCCAGAUGAAAUGCUGUCAGACGGACCUGUGUAAUAAAAGUUACACAAUCCAUCAACCAUUUUGGCACUUCCUGCUGAAGUAUGGAUACGUGUUACAGAAGAAAUAGACUACGAACUUAAGGGGGGAGGGGAGUUGGAUAACGAUAUGGUCACGUGGCCUAAUGUUACGAAGCAGGAGGACAGAUUCAUCUGAAUAUGUAAACAGCGUAAACGGGCUUAGAUAGCCAAUCCUGUAGAAAGUUUUAUUAUUAGAUCUUUAUGAUUUUUAGCAUACAAGAAAGACGACCUAUUGUUAUA